AUGCCGGCCGUAUCGCUACAUGUGCUGGCUGAAAAGUCUCUCCACCAGCAGAUCAAUCCCGAAUUGCUGGCAUACUGCCCCACCAUGGACCUUUUGGCGAUGGGAGCCAAAGAUGGUCAUUUGAACCUAUUUAGAUUAGGAGGGCAGAGGGUCUUUAGCUAUGUGCCCAAGGGGUACAGUCUAGCCAUACAGAAACUCAAGUGGAAACCCAAUGGACAAUUACUUGCAGUAGCAUGGAGCGAUCAAAUUACUCGACUUAUCAGUUCAGAUAGCGGCAAAGUUGUUCAUCAGCUCGAUUUCUCUGCAGAAGGAGGUUCUCACGUGACUUGUAUCGGAUGGGGGACCAAUCUGACAGAUUUGAAAGCUGGGAUGGGUGGGGAAACAAAGACAAAUCGACAUCCGCUGGAAGAAGUCCUUGGAGAAGCUGCUAAACGUCAUAUGCGUGAUCUUGAGUCCGACCUUCCGAGAGAACUAGCUCUAUUGGAUAUCGAGAGUAGCCUUCCGAAGCUAAGCAUACUUCCUUCAGCGGGCAAGGAUGAGGAUAUUUUUAGCUCCAGGCCUUCAGUGGAUGCCAUUUUUCAUGUGAAUGAUCCAACGGCCGAAAAGUCUGUCGAUGUUAUGCUACUAGGGUUCGACAAUGGCACAAUCCACAUUAGACUCUACGAUUCAUUCGAUUUGGGCUCUUUUGAAAUGAAGAAGGCGCUACCUUCAUUGCAGAUCUGUCGGCCUGUUCUGCACGCGUCUAAUUCCUGUACUUCCACCCACGCAUUACUCGUCGAUACUGCUACGGCAAGCAAUUCGAGUCAAGGGCUAUAUAUUGUUCCUCUUGAUCUCAAAUUUAUCUCUGGCAUGGGCCAGUAUCUUUCAUUUAUUGCUUCGAAGUCCACUCAGUUGCAGAACUUACUCAGAUAUAUCGAUCAGGUACGCGUCCAGCUGCAGCUAGAGUGGAAAAGCUCCCAGGACCUUCCUAGCAGAUUUGUUCGGAAUAUCAACGAAACAUUGGCUGAAAAAUCACAAACAAAUAUCAUCCAAGCAAUGUAUCAUCUUGCUGUCACAGGAAAUUGCUAUCCUGAGAUGAAGGAAUGGUUGGUGGAAAUACUUACGGAACGGGGGCAUAAGCGUUGGGAAAAGGCAACCACAUCUGGUUACGAGAACAUUCGGAAACUGAUCCAUCAGUGUCUUCUACCGGCCCUCGAAAGAUGCAACCUCCUCGUCAGUCGUCUUCGGGGAUUCUCCCGUUACCAGCCUUCGAAUGCUCUUUUCGGUUUAUCGACAUCCGAACUCGACGGAGUACUUGAUACGGUUCAUUGCCUGACUCUUGUGGCCCACACCGUCCUUCGUCAAGCUGGUAUAGAACUUCAACAGUUUUCGGCAUUCUCAACUUGGCUGAGACACGAGAUUGACGUCCAAGCUUCUGACCCUUCAAUUUCAUCUGCCGAUGACGCAGUGGAAAAAGACACUAUCAUUGAUUAUGCUAGAUUGCUCGAAUAUAUUCAAGGAGCCAUGACUGUGAGCAGGAUAGGGGGAUUUUUCCAGCCUCAUACGUCGCACAACUCCCAAAUAGACGUUUCGAAGAAGGAGAUGCUACCUAACGCCGUCAUCGCGGAGAGAUUCAGCGAGUACAAUAAGGGCAUUGGAACAGAAAAGGGCCUCCCAACAUUCGAGGAAAUAACAGGGAAGCUUGGCCAGCAAUUUCAGCACGUAUUCAAGAGAAUCUCAGCAACAGGACAACGAGGUGUUGUUUUUGGCCGACCGAUUCUACUUGCCUCGAAGUACCAGCCGACUGGACUAGAUAUGCGAAUGAAUUAUGAGAAAACCGAUUCGGGCGAGGCUUUUGUCGUCUAUGUUGCUAUUGAGGUGAAAAUCACAGGGCACUCAAUGCUCCAGGUAUACCGAGUAACUCUCGACAUUGAAGGUGGAGUUAGCUCGACACGAGCGGUCGAGGUUUCGACGAUUAAGUUUGCUGCUGGCAGCAUCAAGGACGCCGGUUUUGUGGACGAUGAAUUCAUUAUGGUUCUUUUCAAUAACGAAGAUAUUUCGCAUCUAUUGAUGAUUCCGUACAAAGGUCAAACAACACAUCCCUUUAGGCUUCGGUAUCGAACAGUGCCUCAAGAAACUAAAGCCGAGGAAUGUUUGGCUUCCAUGGACAGCAUUGAUUUUACUCGGGAGGCGAUUACAAAUUGCUCGUCUCAUACUUUUGAUGGUACUGAUAAGUUCAGUCCAGUGCGAAUUGAAAUAAAUGGAAGAAAGGGCCGCCGAGCUGUUUGUGUUCUAGACAGAGACCUGCUACGCUACAAAGUAUUCGAUCUAGACAGUGGCGGGGUAGAUGAACUUGAGGCAGCGGGGAGUGAGUAUGAAAACGAGGACAUGAUGUCUGAAUGA